AGCCACUCCUCCGUUAGCAUCCGGAUGCUGCUGUGCUGUGCCAUGCUUGCUACCAGUGAGCUAAUAGCUUCUAGUGUUAUCAGGUAAAGAUGGCUGAGGACUGGCGAGGUUUCGCUUUGGAGAAAGCCGAGCUGCUGUCAGGCCGUCUGAAGGAGCUGCUGUCUUCUGGACAGGGAUAUGUUCAGGCUCAGUUCGGGGUGGAUCUGGGUCUGAAGCCUGAUGUGUACCCGACCUGGGUGAUCCUGUCCACGGCCGCGGCGGGUCUGCUGCUGCUGCUGCUGCUCGGUGUGUCCUGGGCCGUCUUCUGUGGCGGGCUGUUGGUCAGGAAAAAGCGGGGAUCCAAGGCGGUAACCCACGGCAACGGAGAGCCAGGCAAGGCCCAGUUAGCUAAACCUGUCAAACCAGAGGAACUGAAGAAGAGGAACAAGAAGAAAACCAUUGAAAAGAACACUCAAUCCAAUGGACAACCAGUGGCUGUAGCUCAAGAGGAAGUUAAAGUGACUGAAACUGUUUCCAAGCUAGGCGUGCAGAACAAAACCGAGAAAGUGCAUGAGGCCCAAGUGCAGGUGAAAAAGAACAAGAAGAAAACCAAGACAAAUGUAAAACCAGUCCAGCAGGUGUCUAAAAAUGAUGGGAAGGAACCUGAUGAUGGUGCAUGGGAGACCAAAGUCAGUAACCGAGAGAAGAAGCAGCAGCGCAGGAAGGACAAGGGCCCUGAGGACUCUGGUGGCCCAGGAGGGGUGGAGGCUACCAAGAGCAAUGUGGAGGCACGUGUGGUGGCAGCAGCAACUAUCAACACCAAGAAGAACAGAGGAAACCAUGAGUCCCUGCAUUCAAGACCUGCUGUAAAGAGGGAGACAGCCAGUGGAGCUGUGUCCUCCAGCUGGAAAGAGGAGCCUUCAGUCAACGGUGGAGGUUGGACUGAUAUGUCUUUGAAGAGCCCACGUCAGACGGGCGCUAUGGAGGGAACCAAUUGGAGUGCCAUCUCCACUGCUAAACCUUACAGGGCCACACCUAAGCCUCAGUCCUGGAGACAGGAGACACAAGCAGCCUGGAGUGGCAUUGAUGGCCGGAUAAAGACUGACCUCAACCCAGUGACCUUCUCCAUGAUGGGACUAAACACCACUGACCCAAUAUCAAAUUCAAUGGAGCUGCAGUGGCCGAGGAAACCCGAUGUUGAUGAUGAAUGGUCUGGAUCUAAUGGGACGGCCGUGGACCCCAGCUCUGACUGGAGUGUCCCAGCAGUGCACUGGGGAAACUACGAAGAGCCCCCGGUGUUGGUGACGCCAGCGCCUCCACUGAAGGAACAACCUCUCCCCAACAAGGUAUCAGAGGAUGAAAAGGACACUGACGAUCCCUCCGGCGGAGCAGCCAAAUCCAAGAAGAAGAGGAAAAAGAAGAAGAAAACAGAAGAGGAGGCUGCAUCUGAGGCUCAGACGGUGAGCACAGUGCCGCCGGUCAAUGCAGUACCCAAACCCCAAGAGCCUACUGCGCCGGCCUCCAAAAAGCAGAAUCCCAGCAUAUCAUCCUCUCAGAAGAAGUCUGAGCCGACUGCGGAGCCUCCGAAGCCCUCCCAGAAGAAAAAAGUGCGAAGGGAAACAUGAAGUCACACAGGUCCAUAAAAAGCAUAUGCAAUUGAUUGUAAAAUGUGUCACAUGCAAUAAUUACCAGGUACAGAGUUUCUUUCUGAGAUACAUAAACAGUUUAUCAGUUACCGAAACAAAAAGGAAAAAAAAGCAGUGGAUAUCACCUGCUUGGCUAAAUAUAGUGAUGAAAUGUGGUCCUGUGGACUAAAAUCUUAACUAAUUUGCACUAUUUGCUACACUGCAACCAGAGUGGAGUUUCAGGGGUGGUGGAGGUACAUGUUCAUGUAAUUAUUUUUUAUGGCAUCAAAAAAAAAAUUUCGUUCACCCCUCCAAGAGUGUAUGUUUAUAAUUAACCCAAAAAUACAAAACGGGUCUUGUUUUUUUGUUAAAUGAACAUUUAAGUUACAAGAGAACAUUUUUAUUUUUGCUCCCCAGGAUAUUGCACUUUGUUUUGUUUGCCAUGCUUCUGCCCCAAUAUCAAGUACUGAAAUGUGUGAGGGCUGGUCUCAGAUCACAACAAGUUCAGAUUUUAUAUACCCAUAUGUACAUUGAGAGAGUUGAGGGUUGUUCGCACUGGCCAUGAAGUGAUACCCUCAUAGAGCAACUACAAUGUAGGAAAUGGGGGGCAAAAAUCUGCACUCCUCGUUUUGUGCAAAAAGUGUAUUUUCCAAAGUAAUGGCAUUUUUAAUUCAAAAUACCGUCUUUAUGUUUCCCCGUGUUUUCUUGCUAUGGUGUGAGGGAUACGUCCUGGCAGUCACCUAUAGGUUUGUUGCCAUGACGACAAAACCCUGACAAUAAACCUGCACGCGACUGCCAGCACUAAGGUUUGAUUUGGCUAUUCUCAGACUGCUGAAGCCUCGUGUUAGUUUUGGCUGAACUUUAGGCAGCACUUUUUGCACAGUAAAAGUGCAUUUUGUACCUUACAUUGUAGUCGCUCUAUGAAAGUAUCACUAGACGGCCAUUAUGAACAGGACAGUAGAAAUGAUUACAGCGACCUUCAGCAAACAAAUUACAUGUGAGUGUUGCAUUUAGGUUUGCCUAUUUGCCUAAAAUCCAUCCCAGUAGGCUGUGUGGUCUAUAAAAGCUGCUUAAUGAAGAAUAGCAGCUGUUAUCAGGUUGUUUCAAAGCAGAAAAAACAAGUAUUUGGCCACAGAAGCUUCUCCACAACCACUCCUGCAGCUUAAUCCACCUCUUCACUGUCCAUCCGUGUGGUAGUAUGUUCCAAACUCUCAUUGUUUUGCCAAAAUACGGUUGAAUACACUACCGCCUGAGCUUCUGAGCUGUGGGGAGUGAGGCAUAGGAAGACACUGAAGCAGUGUAUUUAGCCAGAUUUUGUUGAAACUGUGAUGACAAUUCAGAGCACAGUGACAGCUAAAAAGUUACUGAUUCAUCAGUUAUGGAUUAAAUCAGAUCUUUUCUUCAAAGACUACGCUAAAUGUGAAAUUUGGACGUUGUAAACUGUUUCUGGAGUCACACUGAGGACUGUUGAUAACUGUAAUGUACAGUAGAGAGCACAGUAACUGAUAUGAACCACAAGGUGGCACUGUAAUGUGAAGUAAAGGAGUAGUGGGAUUAUCCCAUAAAGCAGUAGCACUAUUACGUAUUGUCCCUCUACUUUUAUCAUUCUAAGUGAGUCUAUCUUUAUCUGACUAGACUGUGCGUUGAUUUUCUAGAGACUUGAUGGACCCCUCUGCACUCUAUCUGAUUCUUUUUUUCUUCUUCUAGUUUUUGUGCUAGAAAAAGCCAUGCCAUAUGUACAGAUUGUAAGGGCUUUUUCCAGUUCUGUGAUUGCACUGUGCAAAAGGCUGUAUUGCUUUCCUUUUGAUGUUGAUGAAUUGUUUUUUUACUACCUUUUUGCAGAAUGUGAAAUGUAUAAUUUUUUUUUGGGGGGGGAGGUUUAACCUGACAUCCAGGAUUUAUGAUGGGGGAUUUUUUUUUUACAUAAAUUGAGAAUGAAGACAUGCAUAAUGAUAUGAUAUGGAGCAGCUUUAAUUACACAUCAGAGUUGGUUUUAAACAACACAUAAUUACACAUAUAUAAAAGGAAUUGAAUUCCGUUGCCUUAACCUGAUGUUGUAUAGAAAGUGCAUUGGCAUCCUUUUUUUUAAUAAUUUCCAAUCAAUUGCAAGUUUUGAUGUCAGAAAUUAAUUUUCAUCUUGCAUGACUUUGAUAGUAGUACUUGUGUACAUGAAAUGAACGAUCUCUUGCUUUAACUGUUAGUACUUGGUCCCGGAGUACCACUCAGUGUAUAUACUGUAAUAGCUUUUUUUUUAAUGAGACAAAUUGCAGCUUUUCUGUGGACACCCAGUUUAGCGGACGUUAACAGGAGUCUGUUGUUGGUAGUCAAAGAGUCUUCGUGCAUCAAGGUGUUGAUCAGCUGCUGGUGAUGCUUAGUUGUUAGUAGAGCUGAUAGAACAAAAUGAUGCAUCGCUGUGGCUUCAGGCGCCUUGUUCUGUUUAAUUUCUACUGAUGAUUCAAAUGGAUUCAAUCAAUGUAUUUAUAUAAUUGUCUCUAGGACAUGGUUAUGUGAAUGAUUUUGUUUAUGGAGGAGAUACAAAUGAUAUUUCUAUGUUUGUUUGGUAAAAAUAAAUCAUAAUUGCUUGAUA